GGGAAGGCGUUGGUGGACGACUGGGAUUGUCUUCGGGCCAUGGUAGCGGCCUGGGGGGAGGUGUACGGCCCUAUGGACCAGUACGGCAUGAGGCACACGAGGUUGCUGUCUAAUUUGUGUAAUGCGGGGGUAGAGCCGGCGUUGCUGGCGGCGGCG